GUCGACGAGAAGGUUAUGAUGAACUUUUUGUUCUUGCUGCAAAGCAAGUACCGCAAAAACGCGUACCACAGCUCGGUUCACGGCGCUAUGGUGGCACACCACUCCCUCUGCAUUCUGCAGUGCUACAACAGCGCGCAGGUCUUCUGCAAGGAAAUUGUGUUGGCGUUGGUCAUCGCAGCGCUCGGUCACGACGUCGGACAUCCCGCGCAGAACAACUUGUUCCACAUCAACACGAACUCGUUGCUGGCGCGCAUGUACCAAGACAAGUCCGUGCUCGAGAACUACCACGCGUUCCUGACGCUGCGCGUCGCACUCAUUUCUGCGGAGAGCAACAUUUUCCAGAAGCUGCCCGAAGAGAUCUACCGCUUCCUGCGCCGGUGUAUCAUCGAGUUCAUUCUCGCGACCGACAUCCAAAACCACUUCGACAUUCUCGGCAGCUUCCGGCUGAAGCGCAGCCGCGAAGAGUUCGACUUCCGCAAAAACAUUGUCGACCAAAUCCAGGUGGCCAAAAUGUGCAUCAAGGCCGCCGACCUGAGUCACAGCUUCGUGAAGUGGGAGCACCACUACGAGUGGUCGGUCCGCGUCAGUCGCGAAUUUUACGACCAGGGCGACAUCGAAUCCGUGCUUGGUUUCGAA